AUGGUCAAGCUGGAAGAAGUCCCCGACGAGGCCCUCAUCGCCGACCAGCCGGGCCCCCUAGACGAAGAAGGCGACUGGGACACCGACAGUGAAUCCGACCUCGAGUCCGAGCUCUCCAUCCCCGAAGACGAGACCCUCUACGAGCGCAUCCAGGCCCUGCAAGACAUGGUCUCCCCCCGCAACCGCCGGCUGCUCUCCAGCACCUUCUCCUCAGCAUCCGCGUGGUUCAAGUCCGGGGCCGUGUUUGGCGGGAAGGCGCUCUGGGUCGUGAGCACGAGCGCGCUGUUGCUGGGCGUGCCGUGGGCGCUCGCGUAUGCCGAGGAGCAGCAGAUGGUCGAGAUGGAGAGGGAGAUGAAGCAGCAGCAGAUUGCUAAUGAGGUGAGUCGGAACACGGGAGGGAUGGGGAUGGGAGAUGAAAGGCUCAUCGAUGGGCACAGGUCAUAA